GCGAGUGCGUUAGCCCCAGGAGGCGGCGGCAGCGGCGGCGGCUGCCAGGGAGCGAGCCUCAAGCGGGCGGGCCCCUGCCUAAGGGAAGGGAGGAAGGGGCGGGGAGAGCGCCGGAGGGAGGCCGGUCGGCGGCGGGCGGGCGGGCUGCGCAGCGCUGAGAGGGCCCCGCGGGCCCAUGAGGAGGCCCGGGGACCAUGGGCUCCAGGAUCAAGCCGAACCCAGAGACUACAUUUGAAGUAUAUGUGGAAGUGGCCUAUCCUAGGACAGGUGGCACUCUUUCAGAUCCUGAGGUGCAGAGGCAAUUCCCGGAGGACUACAGUGACCAGGAAGUUCUACAGACUUUGACCAAGUUUUGUUUCCCCUUCUAUGUGGACAGCCUCACAGUUAGCCAAGUUGGCCAGAACUUCACGUUCGUGCUCACUGACAUUGACAGCAAACAGAGAUUCGGGUUCUGCCGCUUAUCUUCAGGAGCCAAGAGCUGCUUCUGCAUCUUAAGCUACCUCCCCUGGUUCGAGGUAUUUUAUAAACUCCUUAACAUCCUUGCAGAUUACACGACAAAGCGACAGGAAAGUCAAUGGAAUGAACUUCUUGAAACUCUGCACAGACUUCCCAUUCCUGACCCUGGAGUAUCUGUUCAUCUCAGCGUGCAUUCUUACUUCACUGUGCCUGACAAUAGAGAGCUUCCCAGCAUACCUGAGAAUAGAAAUCUGACAGAAUAUUUUGUGGCUGUGGAUGUAAACAACAUGUUGCAUCUGUACGCCAGCAUGCUGUAUGAACGCCGGAUCCUCAUCAUCUGCAGCAAGCUCAGCACUUUGACUGCCUGCAUCCACGGCUCAGCUGCAAUGCUCUACCCUAUGUACUGGCAGCAUGUGUACAUCCCUGUGCUGCCCCCACACCUGCUGGACUACUGCUGCGCUCCCAUGCCCUACCUCAUAGGAAUCCAUCUAAGUUUAAUGGAGAAGGUCAGAAACAUGGCCCUGGAUGAUGUUGUGAUCCUGAACGUGGACACCAACACCCUGGAAACCCCCUUUGAUGACCUCCAGAGCCUCCCAAAUGAUGUGAUCUCCUCCCUGAAGAACAGGCUGAAAAAGGUCUCCACGACUACAGGCGAUGGGGUGGCCAGAGCCUUCCUUAAGGCCCAGGCUGCUUUCUUUGGCAGCUACCGGAAUGCGUUGAAAAUUGAGCCGGAAGAGCCCAUCACCUUCAGUGAGGAAGCCUUUGUGUCCCACUACCGCUCUGGAGCCAUGAGGCAGUUCCUGCAGAAUGCCACACAGCUGCAGCUCUUCAAACAGUUCAUUGAUGGCCGACUAGACCGUCUCAAUUCUGGUGAAGGCUUCAGUGACGUCUUUGAGGAAGAGAUUAACAUGGGCGAGUAUGCAGGCAGUGAUAAACUGUACCAUCAGUGGCUGUCCACUGUCCGGAAAGGAAGUGGAGCAAUUCUGAAUACUGUAAAAACAAAAGCUAACCCAGCCAUGAAGACUGUCUACAAGUUCGCAAAAGAUCAUGCAAAAAUGGGAAUAAAAGAGGUGAAAAACCGCUUGAAGCAAAAGGACAUCACAGAGAAUGGCUGCACUCCCUCUGCAGAAGAACCGCUGCCAAAGAUCAUGCCAUCCCCACUGGGGGAGACCCAGGACCCCCGACUGAGAGAAGACCGGAGACCAAUCACAGUCCACUUCGGGCAGCCACAAAGACUCUGCCCUACUCGGCCGCCGCCUCCCAAGAUCCAGCGCUCAAGGCCCGUGCGCCCACCCCGUCCACAUGUUGUCAAGAGACCCAAGAGCAACAUCACCGUGGAAGGCCGGAGGACAUCCAUCUCAAGCCCUGAGCACCUGGUAAAGCCUUUGCGACACUAUGCCAUCUUCCUCUCUGAAGACUCCUCUGACGAGGAAUGCCGGCGGGAAGAGACCCCGAGCACCGGCUUCACUGAAGGCUUUUUCUUCUCUGCUCCUUUUGAAUGGCCACAGCCUUACCGGACACUGAAGGAGUCAGACAGUGCGGAAGGUGAUGAGGCUGAGAGUCCAGAGCAACUGGUGCAGGAGCCCCAGGGUCCUAUCCCUGUCCCACCUGACCGAGCUGCCAGCAUUGACCUCCUGGAAGAUGUCUUCAGUAGCCUGGACAUGGAGGCACCCCUGCAGCCACUGGGCCAAGCCAAGAGCUUGGAGGACCUCCGGGCUCCCAAAGACUUGCAGGAGCAGCCAGGGACCUUUGACUACCAGAGGCUGGACCUGGGCAGGAGUGAGAGAGGCCUUAGCAUGGCAGCAGCCUUGAAGCUUGCCCACCCAUAUACUAAGCUCUGGAGCCUGGGCCAGGACGACAUGGCCAUCCCCAACAAACCCUCCACUACCUCCCCUGAGAAGCCCUCUGCUCUGCUCGGGACCUCCCCAGCCCUGCCUGACAGGCCUCAGAACCGGGACAGCAUCCUGAGCCCCAGCAGCAAGGAGGAGGCUCCCACCCCCACUCCUGGCAGCAUCACCAUUCCCCGGCCACAAGGCAGAAAGACCCCUGAGCUGGGCAUCGUGCCUCCACCACCCACUGCCCGCCCAGUCAAGCUCCAGGCUACUGGCGGCCCACUUGGGGACUUCUCAGAGCAGCUACAGAUGGACCGGGAAAGGCGAGUUGCCUUGAGCCCAGCCCUGUUCCCAGGCCUGCUCCCCAGUGCUGUUUCCCAAGACCACACAGAACUGCUACAGCCACUCAGCCCAGCCCCAGGAGCACCAGGCACAGGCAGUGAUGCCCUACUUGCCCUCCUGGACCCACUUAACACGGCCUGGUCAGGCAGCACUGUCCCGCCAUAUCCUGCCACCCCAAGUGUGGCCACCUCCUUUAUCCCCCAGUUCAGCUUCCCCCCCACAGUGACCCCUUCCCCUUUCUCACAGCCUCCACUCAACCCCUUUGUCCCAUCUGUACCGGUGGCACCACCCACUCUGCCCCUGGGCUCCACACCAGCCAGGUCUUUCGGGGCCCCUCCAGCAUCCCUGGGCCCAGCAUUUGCACCUAGCCUCCUGAUGUCUGGUUCUGGCUUCUGUGCCCCUCACAGGUCUCAGCCCAACCUAUCUGCCCUCUCCAUGCCCAACCUCUUUGGCCAGAUGCCCAUGGGUGCCCACACUAGCCCCCUGCAGCCACUUGGCCCCCCAGCAGUUGCCCCCUCAAGGAUCCGAACGUUGCCUCUGGCCCGCUCAAGUGCCAGGGCUGCUGAGGCCAAGCAGGGGUUGACCCUGAGGCCUGGAGAACCCCCGUUGCUGCCUCCCAGACCCCCCCAGGGCCUGGAACCAGCCCUGCAGCCCUCUGCUCCUGCACAGGCCAGAGACCCCUUUGAGGAUUUGCUACUGAAAACCAAGCAAGAUGUGAGUCCAGCCCCGGCCUCAGCCUCAGUAGAGCAGCUCCGCAGACAGUGGGAGACCUUUGAGUGAGUAGGCCCAGAGGUUGGGCCAGCUAGGCCCGAGCCACCGUCCAGCACUGUACCUUCCCCGGUCCCAUUUCUCUGCAGGGUCCACUGGGUGAAUGGACUCUAUCCCCUCCCCUCCAUACUGCCCAUCUCUGAGGCCUGACCCUGGGAAAUGGUACAUUGCAGUCUGGGAACCACCACCUGCCACCCUCCUCAGUACCGUUUGGGUUUUGCACUAGAGGUCAGCUGGGUCAACCAUGUCCUACCAUCUUCCUUCCACAUAGCCCAGGAGGAGCCAGGAAGCUCAAGGUCCUCCUCAAACCCCGCUCUCCUCCUCUGGCCAAGCCCUUACCCAGAGGGCACAGAUGUCAGUGUUACCAUGUACAUGCACAUGUGGGAGGCACAGGUGUUUGCAGGGCUGAAGUGAGGACAGGUUGGCAGAUCUCCCUGGUGGGUAUCCUCAAACCCUCUCUAGCAAUAUACUCUUUCCUGAGUCUUGGCCUAACCCCCAAACCUGAGUUGUUCCCUAGGGGCCAAGGGUCUGGGGAUCCUUGUGACUGCGAGCCCCAGUCAGCCCUUCUAGAGGCUGAGAGUACCAGCAACUCUGCUUUAUAGAAGAAACCUGCAAAUCUUGAGUGUUAGGAGUUGCCUUCAGCUCUCUGCUACCCUGAUACCUCUGGGCUCUCAUGUCAAUCAAAGCUCAGGCCCAGCCUCCUGCCACUUGGGGUUUCAUGGGCAAAGCUGAGCAACAGUGACCCAGAUUCCAACUCAAAGAAAGGCCAAGCUUUCUGCCACAGACUGAUGGGGGAGGCACAGCUGGGUCAAGAUCAGGCAGGGCCUCAGGCUCCCCCAGGUCCCCCAUGGAAUGAACAAAUGUGACCCCACAGCCUGGGGCAUGAAGGGGCCUGGAAACCAGCCCUCCCCACCCAUCUCUAGCUUCUCGCUAGCACAGAAAUUCCUGAGGCCAAGUCACCAAAGUUAAUGAAAUGUUUUGUUAUUGUUUCUUUGAUCUUGCCUUUCCUUUUUACCUUAUUGAUUUGAUGAAUCUUGAAAAUUGACUCCUUUUAAUAAACCAAGGUAAAACAUG